CCAUAAGCCCACAAAUUCACGGCCCAUUAAUCAAGCCUGUCAAGACCACAGUCGUCAAUGUCCAUAGCUCAGCCCACCAAUACGAGCAUCGAAAUCGAGAGAGAGAGACCGAAAGGGAUCGAAAGGAAGAGGAAUGGCGAGUGAGGCGGCGGUGGAGGGCACAGGCACAGCGGCGGCGACGGAGACGACGACGGAGACAGCGAAGCCGCAGUCGCAGCAGCCCCACAGGUUGGAGAGGAAGUGGUCGUUUUGGUUCGAUAACCAGUCUAAGCCCAAGCAGGGUGCUGCUUGGGGCACCUCCCUUCGCAAGGUCUACUCUUUCGACACCGUCGAAGAGUUCUGGUGUUUGUAUGAUCAGAUAUUUAGGCCCAGUAAGUUGCUUGCAAAUGCUGAUUUUCACUUGUUCAAGGCUGGAAUUGAGCCUAAGUGGGAAGAUCCAGAGUGUGCUAAUGGGGGCAAGUGGUCCCUUCCCAGCAACAGGAAGACUAAUCUUGACACCAUGUGGCUUGAAACAUUGAUGGCUUUGAUUGGAGAGCAAUUUGAUGAGGCUGAUGAGAUAUGUGGUGUGGUUGCUAGUGUGCGCCAAAGGCAGGACAAGCUUGCAUUGUGGACUAAGACCGCAACUAAUGAGGCUGCCCAGAUGAGCAUUGGAAGGAAAUGGAAGGAGAUCAUUGAUGUCACUGAUAAGAUCACUUACAGCUUCCAUGAUGAUUCUCGAAGGGAAAGAUCAGCGAAAGUCCGUUAUAAUGUGUAAAUGUUGAUUGAUCAUCAUGAUGUGCCGAUUUCUGCUCUCUCAAUUCCCAAUUCUGAAGAGUACUAAUAGAGUUGCCAUCAUUUAGAGUACUCUUUUUAAAUAGUAAUAGCAUAUUGUGUGUUUUGAUAUUCAGCACUCUUCAAUUUAUGAUUUUAUACAAGCUGCCCAUUUAUAUCC